AUGAACAUUCAAAAAAAUCUAUUUAUCCAUAUCAAAUUAUAGAAAUUAAAAGAUGAGACUUCUGUAUUUAGAAAGCAUUAACAAGAAAUUAAGAAGUUUUAAUAAUAUUAUUGGAAUGUAGACAAAUAAAAAGGAAAUAAAAUUGAAUAAACGUUCUAAUAGUAUGAUUAAGAAAUGAAAGGAUUAUUGAUUCUAUAAAUUUGCAUUAUUAUUAGUCACUAAAGUACAUUUUAUAAAUAAUUUCAUUAUGAUUUCUUCAUUGUUUCAUAUAUUAUUAUGUAUAGUUAUAGCAGUAGGAAAGUCAUUUUUAGAAAGUUGGAUAAAUAUAAAAUAAAUAACAUUAGGAACUACUAUUUUUCGUGUUGGAAUAUUUUUUAAAUCAAUAUAUAAAAUUUAAAAUACAUUCUUAAAUCCUAUGUUUAUUAGGUUUUAAUUAAUAAUUCUCAUUAAUUUAAUUCUAUUAAAGUUUAUAUCCAGACCAACAUUAAUGAUUGUAGGAUGAUAAUUAAACUCAUUAUUGUAUUUAAUAUAAAUUAAAAACUUGAAGGAUUGUAAGAUCAUUUUGAAUUGACAAGACCAAAAAGAAAGAAAUCAUUUAAAUUUUCUAAGCUAAAUAAUAUAAAACCUUUCCAAUAAAAAAACUCUUAAAAUUCUUUUAGAAUGAUUGACAACUUGAACUAGACAGUUCUAAUUAAACCACCUGAGAUCAAUUAAGAUAGUAGCCUUAUAUAACUAUUUAUCUUUUUUGAAAGAAUUAUUUUAACCAUCGAUUAUAUCCAAAUAUGA